CUCUCCAAUGGCUUCCUUAUCCUUCGUCUCAUCCUCUCUACGCACUCCUUCUCUCACCCUACGCACAACCUCUCACUCUUCCCCCAAAACCUCCGUUUCCUUCUCCGUCAAGGCACAAUCACUCUCCCAAGACGACCUAAAAAAACUCGCAGCCGAAAAAGCAGUACAAUCCAUCAAACCAGGGAUGGUCCUCGGCCUCGGAACCGGAUCCACCGCCGCCUUCGCCGUCUCCCAAAUCGGAAAACUCCUCUCCUCCGGCGAGCUCCACGACAUCGUCGGCAUCCCGACGUCAAAACGUACCGAGGAGCAAGCACGGUCCCUAGGCAUCCCCCUCGUGACCUUAGACACGCAUCCGAGAAUCGAUUUGGCCAUCGACGGAGCGGACGAGGUUGAUCCGAAUCUCGACUUGGUCAAGGGACGGGGAGGUGCGCUCUUGAGAGAGAAGAUGGUGGAGGCAGUUGCGGAGAGGUUCAUCGUUGUUGCUGAUGAUACGAAGCUUGUGGAGGGGUUGGGAGGGAGCGGGUUGGCGAUGCCUGUGGAGGUUGUGAAGUUCUGUUGGGAGUUUAAUUUGGUGAGGUUGAGGGAUUUGUUUAAGGAGUUUGGGUGUGAGGCGAAGUUGAGAGUUGGUGAGGGUGGGGAGGUUUAUGUUACGGAUAAUAGUAAUUUUAUUGUUGAUUUGUAUUUUAAGGAGCCGUUGAAGGAUGCGGUUGCUGCUGGGUGGGAGAUUGGGAAGUUUGAAGGGGUUGUGGAGCAUGGUUUGUUUUUGGGGAUGGCUACGAGUGUGAUUAUUGCUGGGAAGAAUGGUGUUGAAGUUAUGAAUAAGUGAUGUUUUUGAAUGUUUUAAGUUUUUAUUUUUCACUCUGAUGACUAUUUCUCUCCUCUGUAAUAUUAUUACCAAUUGAGUUUUUGAAGCGUCUUGUAAUAAUAUCUUUCCUCUUCAUGGUUCAAAAAGGUUGCAUCUCUUCAAUCCAUUUUGUAACCAGAAAAGUAUAUAAAACUCAGUCACCGAUUAAUCGGUUCAGUUCAUGCUCUUUUGUGCAUAGGUUUUAGUUUGUUGUUGUUGUUCUUGUGGACUUAGACCAGUGCCAGUCCUAUAUUUUCAUUUUUUUU